AUGGUCUCCAAGCGUCUGAUUGUUAAACUUCAACCUGUUAGAAUGGAGGCUGGUUGUGAGGGCGAAUCACAGCGUCUUCAGAUCCUCCAGUGGAAUGUUGGAGGAAUGUCACCGGACAAAAAGAUCCAAAUCCAGAAAAUCCUACAAACCUAUGAUGUAGACAUUUUCAAAAUUAUGGAAACAAACAUUUCGGAUGACAAAGUGAAGUCUCUUGGCAAAGACGGUAUUAAACCGCAAUUUCUAAUUAGAAUGGGACUCAAAGCCAAGGAAACCAUGCUGAUGCUUUUCCAAAAAAUCUGGGAGACCAGUCUUGUACCUAACCAAUGGAAGUUGCCAUAG